UUCUAUUAGUACGGUCACACUUAUAUCUAGCGCGUCACUUGAUUUUAAAAAUUUCCAAACCAAACGUAAAUUCCAGCACAAUAAUCAACCUGAAUAGUGAUAAAAACCGAGAAACUCGUACCUAAAAAGCAGUUGCAGUGUUUGCCAAUUGAUUCAACACCACGGCUAAAGUUGCGACAUCGAAUCCGCAGGAGCCGCCUUCGACGGUCCAAAAAAGAGACGCCAAAUUCCGCAGCGCGCACUUCGCCUUUCCAUUGCAUCGAAAUUCCUGGAAUUUCCAGGCGCAGACACGAUGAGCAAGGACAUUUACUACUCCGACAAGUACUACGAUGAGCAGUUCGAGUACAGACAUGUGGUUUUGCCAAAAGAGCUGGUAAAAAUGGUGCCCAAGACUCAUCUGAUGACGGAGGCCGAGUGGCGAUCAAUUGGCGUACAGCAGUCGCGCGGAUGGAUCCACUACAUGAUCCAUAAGCCGGAGCCCCACAUCCUCCUGUUUCGGCGACCCAAAACGGAUUAGAUAACCGGCGGUAGCAGCAGCAGUAGCAACAACAACUGCAUCAGAUACACAUACUUCGAAACCACAUAGCCUGUAGCACAUACCUAUAUAUCCGGCAGCUGCUGCCGAUAUUCUGUAUUGGCGGUGGUGGUGGUUGCUGCCAAACAAACAACCAACUGUUGCACAAACAUCAACAACAUCAUCAUCAUCAUCAUUAUCAUAGGUACUCAGGAAUCCCCUAGAAACUACUUAUUGUGCUGUUUGUGCUUUGUAAUACUCUCUUUUUACCAUGUUUGCCCCGCAUUAUUCCCUUUUAUAUAUAUAGCACCUAGAGCUAAUGAUAAGUUUGCCAUUUGUAAUACUCUCUUUUUACCAUGUUUGCCCCGCAUUAUCCCCUUUUAUAUAUGUAGCACCUAGAGCUAAUGAUGUUUGCCAUUUUCGUACACCUUAGUGCCGUUUCCGAAUCAUUCCUCAAGUUCGCACGAAUUUUAUCAUACUUUAUGUUGCCAUUUCGAAACGGAAGCGAAAAGAAGAAUUUUGCUCACUUCUUUUAAGCUUAAAUGAAAUCUGAUUUGUGAUCUUGAAAUUUUUAAUCAAUAAUACAUAUGUUUACACAUAAUAUAAUGAACUUAAAAUAAAUAUUUUUAAUGU